CCAGAAUUCGACUAGAACAUCCACCGAUCGUCGGCUAUAUAAGGGGCUAUCCGAUGAGAUCUGCAAUCAGUUUCAAUUCGGAAAGAUGCCCCCCUGCUCGGUGCCGUUCUCCUUCGCAGGCAUUUGGAUGGGUAUUUUAAUGGUGCAGAGUUCCAUGGGUGAGCGCAACUGGGAAUAUGAGCCCGUGUCCAUCACUGCCUUCAGUUCGGACGAGAGCCUGCUGAAAAUUGGAGCGAGGAUCGAUCGGCUAAAUCGCGGCGAGUUCGCCUUCUCCAUGACCCUCGAUUGGAACUACGAUGCGGAUGACAACACAAUGGUCGAGGCGGACGCGUAUCGCAGCAUCACGGGCGAUGAGAGCGACUAUAAGAUCCUGCCCUGGUCUAUUCCCAGGCAGCCCUUCUAUGAGUAUUUGAACGGCUUUUACAAGGACGCCUUCAUCAAGAACGUUGGCCACUGCUCCAAUUUGGUCCAGUCCGAGGGCAGCUACGCGCCGCCCUGGCCCAGGAACGUCUACAAGCUCGACAAGUGCGUGGCCAACGGCGAGGGGCUGCCAGAAAUAGCCCCCGAGGGCUUCUACAAGAUCGUCUACACGACAAGCGGUCAGGUUCAGUGGGGAUUUACCCUCAUUGUCAAGGUCACCGCAAAAGUUCUCUGAUAAAGAACAGACGGUCAAUACUUUCCCCUAUGCACAAAAUAUCGUCAACAAUGAGCCAGAUCUCUCUUUAAGCCUUUUUGAGUG